AUGGCUCAGGAGCAUUCCCACAGCAACAGCAGACCGGUUGAGCGGGUUGACAGCCUGCAAAUGGCACAGACGGCCCCAACAGCCACGCAACUGGAACAGCAAGCAUCACAACAACAGUCACCGCCACUCUCCCAUGGGCUGGACGCGCCCGCCGGGACUACCGAAGGUGCAAUAGAAACACCUUCGACCUCAGCCUUGCCGGAGCCCCGAAAUGGGCCCCAUCUCCCGGAUCUCAACGGCGGUCUCAACGCCGGAACAGCCACAACAACAGCCUUCCCAUCCGGUGGUCUUGGCCCAAACAUGUCGAGCAGACGAAUGCUUGCUCAAAAUGCUCGCACGGCUCGUCGCUUUCACUUCCAAAUAUGGACUGCCGUCCUUGUAUCGGCCUACGGCGGCGCUUCUGCCGUUAUUUCUCCUCUCGUCUCUCAUCUCCCCCAGAAAGGGCUCUGGCCCUUCGCCGUGCUCUUCGCCGGCCUUGUGUGCGCAGCGGCUGCGUUAAGGGUUUUUCAGUCUUAUUCUGAUGUCUGCUCGCUCAUUUUCGCGCGCGCUCUGCAGGGUAUCUCGGCUGCUGCGCUGACGGCUGCGGUUUCUGGCAUUAUCGCGAAAGUCGCGUGUGCUGCUGGCCGUCAGGCCACUCCUCUUUCUCCGGCCGUUACCCAAAAUAUGGCCAUGACCAUAGCUCCGGCCGCGGCUGGGCUUCUGCACGACUAUUAUAACGUCAACGUUGUCUUCCAACUUGCAUACGGCCUUGUGGGGGCGAAUGCGCUGUUGACGCUGAUUGCAGCGCUGGCCAAUCAGAGUCAUCAGCCCACAGAGGGGCCCGACAGCUGUCCAGUCGAACCACAGGCUCGUGGCUAUGGCACAAUCCACUCUGGCUUUCCUCGGUCCGGCUCUUCCCCAAUUUCUUCGAGAUCCAUCUCGCCUGCAUCGUUCCCACUAUCGUUCCCACCCAGAUCUAGCCACAGGGAGCCUUCCACGUUCCACUCCAAUGUCACCUGGAGCCAUCGGGUUCUGGUGGCCUUCUUUGGUUAUCUGGUAAUUGGGCUGCUCACCUCCGCUCUGCAGAGUGUGCUUCCGCUCUUCGUCCAGCGCCAAUUCAAAUGGCCUGUGUCUGCAGCCGGUCUCAUUUUUGUUCCCUUGUCAGCUCCCGCCGCCCUCAUCGGUCCUCUUUCUGGUGCUUUAGUGGCUCGCAUUCCCACAUCUGCCCGCUACCUCACCGCCUUCGGUUUCACCGCCAGUAUUCCAGCCUUCGUCUAUCUCGGGCAGCUAGACGGCAGCACAAAACUUAAGCUGCACGCCUUCAUCAUGACACUCACCGGUCUCUCCUCCGCCAUCGCGCUCGCGGGGGACCCCUUGAUCGAGGAACUCACCAACGCCCUCAACGCCAGCGGAAGCACAACAACGCAUGUCACGACCCUCCCUAACCUCGCAGCUUCGUGGGGAAGCUUUGUUGGCCCUCUGUUUGCCGGUGCCGUCACCUCGCUCUGGGGAUGGGCGAUCAUGAAUAGGUCACUGGCUCUGGUUAGCGCUGCAGCCGGCUUGGUCUCGCUCUUCUUCCUCCAGGGCUGGAUCCGGAGCCCGGCACCCGAGGUUCGCAGUCAUCGCACGGAAUCCAGCUCCGACGAGGAGUCAGCUCCUCUCCUGGCAAGCGAACGCUCCGGCAAUGCCGUGUUCAGCAAACUCGCAGCCCACAAGCAGGAGGGUGCCGAUUGCAGUCGUCGAUCAGAUUCUGAAUCGUCCUCGCCGCACACGCAAAAACGCCGCAAGCAUCGUCGCCAUUUCAGCGUCGAUAACUUCUCCCUCACCACCAGUGCCGGCCCAGGCAGCAUUGACUCGACCACAUCAUCCGUCCGUUUCCAGGCCUCGCUCGAAACCCCCAUUCCUAGCCUCCCUCGCUGCACUCAUUCCUGCGACAGCAAGAAACCGGCUGCUGCCCCGGAACGCCGUUAUGUCCUGCGCGAGGCCGCCGAGGAAGAAACAACAACUACCGACCCCCUGCUGGCUGAGGGUAGCCUGUACGUGAUCGACGAGGAACGUGAUCCGGCCGCUUCUACUGUUAAGGCCGACAGCGAGGCCAAGAAGAACAAGAAGAAGAGGAAGGUCGCCGUGUUUGAGGAGGGCACCGCACCACCUGAGCUGCUGGCUCGGCACCGGCAUCACGUUGUGGCUAUCAAUGCCAUCGAUGGCACUGCUCAGAUGGUUGAGGGUGCCGAUGCCCAGAGCGUGGGGCAUUCUGUGUGUGUCACGGAAAACCUGAGUCAGAACGAUGAUGAGGAAGAGGAGUUAGAGCAGACUGCGACUGUUCGGCGGUAUGUUGUUGUGAUUAUUGAAGAGGAUGAGGCUGAGACUGCUCCAGGCUUCAAAGCCACCCUGGAUAAAUGGUGGGCGCCCUCAAUCGCCCCCUUUCCCCAUUCUUCCCAAACACCGAAAACUAACUUGGCUUCCAAGUCUGCACCGGCGGUCGUCGUCUUCACCCUCGGUUUCCUCGGCUUCCUGCUCGUUCUGGCCGCCAUCGGCCACUGCAUCCACGACGGCCGCUUCAACCCCAGCUCGCGGACGGCGGUCCUCGUGUACAACGCCUCCUUCGCCGCCGCCGCCGCCGAACGCCUCAACCCGGGGGGAACCAUCUCCCCAGACAUCACGGCGUUUCUGGCGCAGCAGGUCGAGCAAGAACGUCAGAGAGCUCGGGAGGAGGAACGUGCACGGUCCCGGGAGCAGUCCGGGCAGAGGACGGGCCCGUGGCAGCGGGGAUGGAGCUCCCUUCUUCCCCGGGGAUAUGGGUCUGGCGGUGCGCCUACGUCUGGUUCCCGCUACGGAGUCGGGCCGCCGCCGCCGUCCUCGUCAGGCACGGGCUUUCCCCGGCCCAGACAGUGGUGGGUGCGGGGCCCUGCGCACCAGCGACCCAACGAUCUCGAGUCUGGUCGUCAUCCGACCCGCCCCCGCCAGCAGCACCGGCGCCGCCCCCCUCGUCGCCGCGACAGCAGCGAAAGCGAUAGCGAUAUCCCCUGGCUGUCCUACUGCUGGUGGCUGGACCCGGACGUGGACCCGGAUCUGCCGCCUUAUCCGGGCCCGUCGCUCUCGUCGGUGGAAAGGAGAUACCCCGACCCCGUAGACUCUGCCUCGCCCCCUCCGUAUGAGGAGGCCUCGCAGUUGGCGGCUGAACAUGAAUCGCCCGCUGAGUCUGCUGGGUUAGCGGAUGGGCGCCACGUGUUGGCAGGCGGGGAGCAAAGUGCAGGGGAUGCGGUUGAUUUACCGCGGGAACCGCCUCCGCAGACAGCUCAAUCUUCGGGGACCUCGAUGUUCCCGUCUCCCGAGUCCCAACAGGACGGAUUCCUGGAGGGGAACACAGUUCAUGUCGCGGGUAGAAAACAUCCAGUCCCGUCACCUCAGCUCCGCAUCAUCCUCGACCCUCCUAGUCAAAACUUCACAAAGCUAAAGUUCACCAUCAAUCCCAAACCCAAAACCCCCAAAAUGACCCGCUCCCACGACAACAAAGCCCGCGCGACCAACAUCGUCACGCCCCUAGAGUGGACAGACGAGGUGCCACACAAGUGGUGCGGCAAGCUGGACAAGGGCCGCUUCGGCAAACCCAACAAGGCUCACAAGUGCGACGCGUGCAUGCGUUUUCGCGCUCGCGGCAUCAAGGCCCAGCAGGCCGCGGGCAGGGAGAGAGUGCGCGAAAAGAUGGACUGGGUCGCGUCAGGCGUGUGGUGGGAUGCCGGGGGUCCGGGGUGCUAA